AUGAUUCCACCACAGACAUCGUUACAAGAUCUGAAGAAUCUAAUUCUGGUUCAUACCGGAAUGGUUGGAAAAAAAGAAAUCACGAAGUUGACUUACAGGAUGCCGAUUGCAGUGGCCAACUCGUUUGCGUAUCAAAAAAUGCAGAUAAAAUCUAAUCAGCAGGUGUUGAUGAUAUUCUCUUAUCAUCGCAGCAUAGGUACCAUAUAUUCGUUGGAGCUUUGUCUGAAUAUUCAGGAUAUUGGCGGAAGCUCGUCCAGUUCCAAUAAUGUGGAUGGUGUGAGAAAUCUGGGAGUGGCUGAUUUUGUACAGGGUCCGGAUACAAGUAGGGCCCGUAGUCCAAGCUUCAAUGCGUUUGUUGUGCGGGAACAGAAUGCAAAUCUUCGUGAAGCGCGCCCCUCCACUUCAACCUUACUUGGGUUCGAUAGGCAUCCCGAUGUUGGCAUCCCUGAAAGUUCUGACGAGGAUGACAUUGAAGAAUUCAGUGGUGAUGAGGCAGAAGCCGUUCCGGAAACGAAACCUCCGCAUGGCGACUCUGUUCCUCCAACACCUGUCGAACCGGUAGGUGGAGGUGUAUCCUCCAGCACACCUGCACACUACCCAUCCCUAAAUCUUGGAGCAAUGCAUUCGAGUAACGCAGAGGACAGACCUAGUAGCUAUCCUCUCUCAGGCGAGAUGGAGCUCGAGAUUGGGUUAAAGUUUCUGAACCGGGAAAUAGCGAUGCUGGCAGUAAAAAACUACAACAUCCAUAGGAGUGCAGAGUAUAAGGUCGUAGAGUCAGACCAAAGGAGGUAUGUAUGUCGAUGCAAGCAGUUCGGUGAUCAAUGUCGUUGGAUGGUACGGGUUGCAAAGACAAGGACUUCCAGAUUUUGGGAAGUUCGAAAAUAUGAAGGGCCUCAUAGUUGCUUGGCAAGUUCGAUGUCUCAAGACCACGCUCAACUAGAUAGCAAUGUGAUCUGCCAGCACAUAUUCCCUAUGGUGCAUGCUGAUGCGACUAUUUGUGUAAAGGUGUUGCAAGGAUCGGUAGAGUCAGCGUACGGGUACAUGGUGUCUUACAAGAAGGUUUGGCACGCGAAGCAGAAGGCAAUCACAAGGAUCUAUGGUGAUUGGGACGAGUCGUAUGACCAGCAGCGCAGAUACUUCAAUGCGCUGCAAGCUUUCGUCCCAGGGACAAUUGUUGACCUCCAAACGGUUCCGUACUAUGUUGGAAACAUGCUUGACCGUGAUAGUGUCAUGUUUCACCGGGUCUUCUGGUCGUUCCCUUCGUGUGUUCAAGCGUUUAGGCAUUGCAAGCCGUUGGUGUCAGUAGACGGAACACACCUGUACGGUAAGUACGCUGGCACCCUUCUCAUGGGCAUAACACAGGAUGGAAAUAACAACAUUCUGCCCGUCGCUUUCGCCCUCGUAGAAAGAGAGAACACAGAUUCAUGGUACUUUUUCCUGACUAAUUUGAGGAGACAUGUAGCGACUAGGCCAGGAGUUCUUCUUAUCUCCGACAAGCAUGCUGCAAUAAAGGCCGCAUUGGAGCGUGAAGGAUGUGGUUGGGAUCACAAUGCUUACUGUGUACGACAUAUUGCCUCCAACUUCGCAACAAGUUUCAAGAGUAAGGAAGCCAAAAGACACCUGGUUAAUGCCGCUUAUUCGAAGACGCAAGAGCAGGCGCAGUACUAUCUUGAGUUAAUUAGCAGCGAGGAUCUCGUAGCAUCACCGCAGAUGAUGGGUUAG